AUGAAGAGGGAGGGGAGGCAGCAUGGCAUGGUGAGGAGCUCCGCCUUCUUACCUGCGGAAUCCGAUCCGAGGCCUAAUAACGCCAGGGUCCCCAACCACGUCGGCGCCCCUCCGGCCGCCGGGUUCUUUGCUAAGGCGCCGUCGCGGCCGACGAACCACUCCAAGUGCACCGCCAGGUGCCGCAGGGAGAGGUGCAAGGACUGCCAUUUCAGUCCCGUGUCCAAGUCCAGGGACAAGGCCAAAGGAGCGCACAAGCUCCGGUCGUGCGAUGUGGUGCUCAACCACCGGCUCGUGUUGUGGAGGGUGGUCGAUGGCGGAAGAUUGCUGAGCUCCAGAAAGAUCUCCGCCAGCGAGAUCGUUGACCAUUUGUACGCUUCUAGUCAGCACGAAGGAGAUGAUUAUGAUGACCAGAACAUGGAAGAAGGUGCAGGUUAUGGCCAUGGAGGACCUCUUUUGGAGGCUGUUGAUCCAAAGGAGGGACACAGUGGUGCUAAAUAUGGAGAGACGGGGGAGAGCAGCACUGACAGUGAUGAAGACAGUGAAAUAGGUUUCCAUAUGAUUGGAGUAACCCGGGAAUACUCUGAUGGAGAAGACUGGCUUGUGGUGGACGAGAUCUGA